UUUAUUUUGGAAAUGUAAACAUUAACAACAUUGUCAAAAAAAUAUUAAAAUCAAAAGGCAAUAUUUAUAAUAAAUUAAAUUCUAAAAAUAAAAGCGCUUUUAAUCGAAAUUCAAUAUGCCAAAGAGGUUAACUGAUGAGGAGCUUUCAGAACUUAAAAUUUGGCUAGCUGACCAACAAAUUAAUCCAAAUAAAAUGCACCGGGAGUUUUCGGAUGCAGUUCCUGUAGCCAAUUUAUUAAAGAAAUUAUACCCCAAGUUAAUCGAUUUGCAUAAUUAUCCUCCACGAAACAAUACUCAACUAAAGUUAAAUAAUUGGGAAACUCUCAAUUUUAAAGCUCUUGGAAAAAUUGGUCUUCAACAAACAAAGCCUACGUUACAAAAGUUAGCUAAAGGAAUCCCUGGAGCAAUAGAAUCGCUGCUUUAUGAUAUAAAAAUGCAUGACCACAAUGCCAAAAAGUCCGAUAGAAUUGACGACCAAGAACAAGCUUGGUCAGAAAACGAUGAUAUUAUUGCAGUCAAUGUUAAUAAAAAAAUUGGUGAUGCUAUCGUCCAAGUGCCACAAAAAAUGAUUUUAUAUUCAAUCUACGAGAACGCAAUUCGUGAAUCCCAGGCAAAAGACUCGUAUUUGAAUGCUGCAAAUCAAAAAAUUGCUCACUUAGAAAACAUAUUAAAACUUAAAGCAGAACGCAUAGAUGAGUUGUGUGCACAACUCGCAAAAAUAUCGGUGCGAAGUUUAAUAAAGCAACACAAUUUAGAAAAUUCCAGCCCAAAUUCUCUUAAUUUUGAUAAUAUGGAAAAUGAGAAAACUAGCAAAAACAUUGACUUCUAAAUAUUUUUCAUGCAAUAUUGCUGUAGUCAUUUUGUGAAUGUGUCAAAAUCACUCAUGUAGAGUAUAUAUAAUUUAAAGAAUUGUCGAAAUAGAUACAUAUAAACAUAAUAUAUAUUUAAACACAUAUGUAUACAUACAUAUUUAUAUAUAUAUAGUAUUUCGCAAAAAAAAAAAUGUAACUCACGUUUA